AAGUACGAUUCGCGGUCGGAGAGAUUAUACAACCAUUUACUAUGACAUAGCUUUACGUAAUUUCUAUUGGCUGCUUUCGAUCCUAUUGCACGAACUUCAAAGUCGAAGAAUCCCUAUGUACAUUGUUGUUUAGAGUCGAUCAGUCAAUAUAGGAUCGAUCGAAACAAGCCCAUCGAUUGCAAGGAUAAUGCUCAUUUGCAGGACUUGCCUAUCAAUAUUGUUUAUCGAAAUUAGAAAGAAAUAAAAGUAGAAAGGAAAUAUCCAAAUGGUAUUCCACGUAGAAAUAGUAUCAUUAUUUAUAUUAGAUUUAUAUAAAUUUUGAAAUAUAGAAUGAUAUGAAAAAAUGAAUAAAAAGGAAAAGUAGAAAUUUGUAGUAUGGCGAAAGGAACGUUUCCUUUCGAAGCUUAUUAAUCGAAAAUCGGUCGGAAGAACCAGAGCUCGAAACAAUACCACUUUGCAUUCAUCCUUUCAACGACGAGUGAGAGCGAUUUCGAACGAAUUAUUUCGCAAGGCUCGAACGAGACGGGGCGCGGUUGGAUGUCCCCUAUAAAUUCAUGGCAGGACGAUUCGUCGUCACUCGUUGUCCACUCGUCGAAUCAACAAGCAAAUUAAAAAUGUUCAAGUUCGUUAGCUUCUUCGCCGUCGUAGCAGUCGCGUGCGUAAAUGCCGCGCCAGGCGGAUUAAUCGCAGCCCCAGCGGCGAUUGCGGCAGUUCCUGCACCGAUUGUCACUGCCAGAAGCAGCCAGGUUAUCGCGAGAAAUUACAAUACGUUCGCUGCCGCACCAUUGGCCUAUACCGCAGCUGCUGUCGCAGCCCCAGUAGCCGCACCGGUCGCUUACACCGCACCAGCGGCAGUAGCAGCACCACUCGCAGCCGCACCAGUGGCAUACACUGCACCAUUCCCAGCGGCAGCACCCUUCGCAUAUGCCGCACCCACUCUCCACGCCGCACCCCUCGUACUUAAAUAAGAACGUCUACUUUCUUCCCUGGCUCGAUU